UCAGUCAGCUGCAGAAUGGAGGGAACAUAUGUCCAGAGGCUGCUGGUUCUGGGCUCUCUGCUGUGCUGCACAACAAACCAAGCUCGUCUGACUGUGAGUCCCAGCUUCUCUCAGGUCUUUAAAGGAGGCAUUGUGUCUCUGAGCUGUGAGGAGGACGACAGCUCUGCUGGAUGGACUCUGAGGAGAAACACCACCACAGGACAGAGGACUCAGUGUGGAACUGGGUGGGGAAAACCAGCUGGUUCUUCCUGUAACAUCAGCUACAUCUUCCCAUCAGACAGUGGAGUUUACUGGUGUGAGUCCAGAGAGGGAGCAACCAGUCACAGCAUCAACCUCACUGUCUCUGGUGGACCAGUGAUCCUGCAGAGUCCUGCCCUCCCUGUGAUGGAGGGAGAUGACGUCACUCUGCUCUGUAAAACAAAGACCACUCCCUCCAUCCUCUCAGCUACUUUCUAUAAAGAUGGCUCCUUGAUCAGGGCUGAGUCUACAGGUCACAUGACCAUCCACAAUGUUACCAGGUCUGAUGAAGGCCUCUACAAGUGUCACAUCAUCAAUCAUGGAGAGUCUCCAUCCAGCUGGAUCACUGUCACAGAGAAACCUACAACCACAACCCCUCCACCUACAUCUACAUCCCCACCUACAACCACAAUUGAGGCCACGCCCCCUCCAUCAUCCUCCCUCCACCUUGUCCUCAGACUGGUCUGCCACCUGGUGGUGUUCUGUCCAUACUUCAUCUCCACUCUCCUUAUGGUGUCUUUAUGUCGACACAGACCAACAGGGAGGGAACUCUCCAUGGUGAUGACUCCAUUCUCCCCAGCUGGGCAGGGAUUGGAUGAUGACUAUUACAACAUCAGUGGUUUCACCACAGAGCAUCACUUCUGAAGAGUCUCUGACAAAUAUUGACCAGUAAUAAAAGUGGCUCAUUGAAAACAAAAGAUUUUGUCACUUUCCAUCAUCAAGUUUUUCUUGAUAGAGAAGCUCCUUAGUCUUCUAGGCCCUUUAAGAAUUCUUGAUGUUCCAGGAGAUCCAGCCAGGGAUGACUUCCAUCAUGUCUCUGCCUCCUGCAACUCUCUGAAGGAACUUCACUUCUUCCUAGUGCAGACCUCCAUCCCAAUGUAACCCACUUAAGAGUAGGUACACUGAAUGUCUCGGUUCAGAAAGAGUUCACUUACCAUAGACCUGAAUAGCCGAACAAUGAACGAAACUGACCACAAAGUCAAUUGCAGAAGCAAAUUCUUUUACUGAGUAUUGGGUAACAAAAGUUUACAACAUUUAUAUAAACAGUGAAAUGAAAAAUAACAAAGAAAAUAAA